UAAUUUACGAGUACAAUUAGAAGUUCGAGAAAGGAAAGUGAGGGAAGAUUAUUAAGUAUGAGGAAAUCGGCACUAGUUCUUGGGAUCAUUGUAAUGAGCCUGGUUGGGCAGUGUUAUGGCCAACCAAAGUAUGAAAAACUCGACAACCAAGCGUUUAGGAGAGGGUUUUAUCAAGGAAAAUGUGCAUAUGAUGUUGAACAAAUUGUAUUUGAUGUCGUGAAAUCUAAAUUCUAUGAGGACGUUAAUUAUGCAGCUGCUAUGCUUCGCAUGCUCUUUCAUGAUUGUUUUGUUAAGGGAUGUGAUGCAUCAAUUCUUCUUGAUGGAGACAACUCGGAAAAGAAAGCACGACCAAAUGGAUCAGUUAGAGGUUAUGAACUCAUUGAUGCUGCCAAGGCUGCUGUUGAGGAAAAAUGCCCAAACCUUGUUUCUUGUGCUGAUAUCAUUGUCUUAGUUACAAGAGACGCCGUUUCUCUGGCAAGAGGCAGCAAGGGGCCAGAAUACAGCGUGAAGACUGGUAGACGUGAUGGUUAUAUUUCUCUAGAUACUGAGGCCAAUAACAACUUGCCUUCCCCAAGGGUGCCCGUUGAUGUCGCCAUUGAAAAGUUUAAGCUCAAGGGUCUAUCUAAAGAAGACUUUAUCCUUCUUAUGGGUGGACACACGACUGGAAUCGUACGUUGUAUUCAUUUCCAAGACCGUAUCUACAAUUUCAAGGGCACAGGAAAUCCAGACCCAAGCAUAGACAAAGGGUUUCUUAAUUUUCUGAAAAACAAUUGUCCACAGAAUUCCACAGGUGCAGAAUUCCUGUAUCUUGAUCAAAACACACCUAUAGCCGUAGACAACGGGUACUACGGUGCAAUCAACACGGGUAGAGGUCUUCUUCAAAUCGAUAACGACAUCGCUUACCACGAUGAAACUAAAUACAUUGUGGCUGAUUUAGCUACCAACAAUGACAAAUUUUUCAGCAAAUUUGUUGUGGCUUUGAAUAAUUUGGCUGGUGUUGAUGUUCUUCUAGGCGAUCAAGGGGAGAUCAGGAAGUCUUGCCACUUUGUUAAUCCUUCUAAUCCUUCUUAUUAUAACCAACCAUCAGGAAAUUAAAUUUCCCAAAUUUGUUCCAAUUUGAAGGGAGAAUGUCAUAUGACUUCUAGCUAGCUAGAUCGGACUAAUUACUUCCUUAUUUUUAUACUCCUUUGUUGUUCCCUUAAAAUUUCAUAUGUUUUUGCUUGAUCAUGUUUGUUUAUUUUAUUUAUUUAAUGUAUUAGCAUGCUACUAAAAAUUGAAAUUUUCUAUAAUUAAU